GUCAGUGAGUGACCCUCCCGCUUACUCUCACUUCUUCACUCAAUGUCCACAGGAAUCUCAUGCAGAGGAAAUUUAUUUCAAAUUGUUCUUUUCACUGGGUCCAACUUCUGCUUAAGUUGGUACAGUAUAUUGUGAUAUUGGAUUAAUAUUCGUUAAAGAUUACUUCAAUAUCUUUCACUAUUGAAUAGGUGUAAUUUGCACAUUUUGAAUUGGAAGAUUGGAUUUUGUCAUUAUGGAAGAUGAUGUAGAACCUACUAGAAGAGCUAUAAGGUUUAUUUCCAUUGCCUUCUCUUUGACUAUCAGCAGUUGCAUUGGAUUUUCGCUGAAGAACUGUCGAAUCAGUUUUGACGAAGCCCUCUGUUCGGGCAACAAACUUCCAGCUGUUCCUCAGGACAUCCCGUCGUCGGUGAAAGGGUUUGACUUGUCCGGGAACAGAAUAACCAAAAUACAAGUCGGCGACUUCAGUAAUCACGCAGCGCUGAUAGAGUUAAACCUAAAGCGCAACAGUAUUUCACAAAUAGAGGAAGGUGCCUUUGCCAACCUUCGCUCGCUCCAGAAGUUAAAUCUUAAUAAUAACCACUUGCCACAACUGGGAAACGUUUUUGAUGGUUUGAGCAACCUGACCGAACUAAGAAUCACAAGCAAUAACAUCAUAACUGUGCUGUCGUCAUCUUUCAAGCCUCUAAGGAGCUUGACAUUUUUGGACCUGUCCUACAACAAAAUACAGAAAUUGUUAGAUAUUCAUAACGCAAUACAACAUCUUCCAAAUCUGCAGUCUCUGGCCAUAAAAAAAAUCCAUGUAAGAAAUUUUCAAUCUUGGGAACUGACCAACAGCACGGUUGGCAUCCGAUACCUUGAUUUAUCUCAGAAUGCCAUAGAUGUCUUCAAUGUUACCGCAGAUGUUUUUCAAAAUCUCACUUGGCUUAACAUCGGCGGUCCCUAUAGAAAGCAUAAGAUUACAUGGUACCUUCGUGAGCCAAAGCUGCUCAGCCGAGUGUCCUCCCUCGAUAUUGGCGGUAUUCGCUUGGAAAACAUUACAGCGUUUUUCGAGAGCUUCAAUUUUUCACUGACCGCUCUGAAGAUGAAUGCGAUGAAAUACAACCUCAAAGAGCUGCUCAACGUCUCCUGCACCAUCCCUACACUGACAACGCUCCAAAUCAGACACAAUAACUUCAACCUGAUGGAUUCAGGUCUGUUCCAGCUGUGCUCGCGUGUCACCGAGUUGGAUCUGGCUGAGAAUCACAUCCGAAGCAUCUCCACCGACUCCUUCAGAGCCUUUCUUGUUCUGAAGCGCUUGAAUCUUAGCCAAAAUAAGCUUUCCCUGGUACCGCCUGCUGUUCAGAAUCUGACGAGCCUUCUGGAACUGGACCUCGGCUCCAACAACAUCAGCUCUCUCGGUUGUCACGACUUUGCCAAGUUAGGCAAACUCAAUGUGCUCAGUCUUAACCAGAACUUAAUUAGGACCGUAAAGCUGUGCGUCUUCAAGGAUCUGACUAAUCUUCGGGUCCUGAAGAUGCAGAUGAACAGAAUCACUAGAUUGAAUGACGCUUUUAAACGAUACUUGCCAAAUCUCAGAUAUCUGGUCCUCCACAAUAAUACACUCACCACUGUUGAACAGGGGGAGUUUGAGGGCUUGCGGUCCCUUCAGAACUUGUCACUGCAGAAUAAUAAUAUCAAUAAGCUUAAAAAUGGCUGUUUUAAGGGACUGACCAUGCUCACAGAACUCCUGCUACAAUCAAAUAACAUCCGAGAGAGCGAGAUAACCCAGGGGGUGUUCAAUGAGCUCAAUAAUUUAACAAGGUUGGUUUUAUUGGAUAAUCACAUCAAAUACAACUCCAAUGCAGCUUUACCUAAGCCGCCCUUUUCACACCUUUUUCGUCUGGAGGUCCUCACCAUGGCGGGUCAAAGCAGCAGGAACUUUGGCUCUUUGCCUCGCAACUUCCUGCAAGGCCUGACCAACCUCUUGGUUUUUGACAUCAGGAAUGUCCAGAUCUCGUCCUUGCACCAAGACAUGUUCAAUUACACGCCUCGCCUGCAGAAGCUUGACAUUAGCGCAAAUGAGCUCACAGAAGUUUCGCCGCAUUUGUUUGACCCUAUCCCGAAUCUUCUAAGCCUCUACAUUUCCCGAACGACUCUUCAAUCGCUAGAUUUUUUAAACAAGGCCAACCUUACAAAGCUGGAGUUCCUGCAAGCACGAAAGAACCAUUAUUCAGUCAUCACAGAAGAACAACUGGACUCCCUUUCUGGUCUGUCUUAUCUCGAUCUUCAAGGCAACAGUUUUACCUGUGACUGUGACAACUCAGGGUUUAUCCAGUGGAUAAACUACACCAAAACGCAAGUUAAUGAUGCCUAUAACUUUGUGUGCAACUACCCGCUGCACCUUAAAGGCACUAAGCUGCUGGACCUUGACAUCCGAUCCUGUUCGGUGGACGUAGAGUUCCUCUACUUCAUCACUACCACAUGUGCUAUCUUCCUAUUCAUGCUGAUGACCUUUACCUACAAUUUUCUGCGAUGGCAGCUGGUCUAUGCUUAUCACCUCUUCCUGGCUUUCCUCCACGAGCGGAAGCACAGGAAUGUGCCGCCUCAGUGUCACUUUGAUGCAUUUGUCUCAUACAAUGCCCACGAUGAGCUUUGGGUCUUGAGAGAGUUGCUGCCCAAACUGGAAGGGGAACAGGGCUGGAAGUUGUGUCUGCACCACAGAGACUUCCAGCCAGGGAAGCCAAUCAUUGACAACAUCACAGAGGCCAUUUACGCCAGCAGGAAGACUAUUUGUGUGAUCAGUCGGCGAUACCUGGAGAGCGAGUGGUGCUCCAGGGAGAUUCAGGUUGCUAGCUUUCGCCUGUUCGACGAGCAUAAGGACGUCCUCAUCCUUGUCUUCCUGGAGGACAUCCCUAUCUGUGAGCUGUCUCCGUACUACCGCAUGAGGAAGAUGCUGAAGAAGCGGUCUUUCCUGAGCUGGCCUCGGGCUGUCCAGUGCACUGACCUGUUUUGGGAGAACCUCCGCCAGGCCCUGAGGGCCGAAGAAGAUCCAGGCGCUGGAAAGUUGCAGUUGACUGUGGAGGACAGUGUGUGGUGAUGAUGAUGAUGAUGACGAGGAAGGUAAGAAGCUAUAGGGACUCUUUGGUCAACAACCAGAAGGAACCAACAAACUGGUUGCGGCAAACUUGACGAAGAGGAAGUUUUCUUGCAAAUACUUAUUUUUUAUUUAGGGCUGGGAAAUAUGGCCUUUCAUUAAUAUCUUUAUAUUUUUAGGCCAUGUCCCGAUACACGAUAUAUAUCUCGAUAUUUUGCCUUAGCCUUGAAUGAACACUUGAUACAUAUAAUCACAGCAGUAUGAUGAUUCUAUGUGUCUACAUUAAAACAUUCUUCUUCAUACUGCAUUAAUAUAUGCUCAUUUUAAACUUUCAUGCAAAUAAUUAAAUCACAACUAAGUCAGUUUACCAAAACUGUAUUUAUUAAACAGUUAUUAAGCAGUGCAACAAACAUUCAUGUCAUUUCCAAAACAGAAAAUGCAAGAUUGUCAGAGACAUUUUAAAACAAGCUAUUAGUGCACUUUUGUGCAAACAACAGUAAAUUAAAGUGUACCUUUUGUACAGAACGCCACUACAGUAGUUAAAAACAAUGAAUGCGCACUUUUGUGCAUGAUGUCACACAAGAUAUUUCAAUAACUGUCAAAUAAAAAUGAGCUGCAUAACA